UUUACUUUUGUUUUUAUAUUUAUUUUUAUUUCAUUCAAUUAUAACAAAUCAAAUUCGAUCAUAAUAAUAAUUCAUGGAUCCAAUCGAAUUGAGUGAUGAUUCAAUGGAUGAUUCAUUACUUAAGCCGAUUCCGAUAAGUAAAGAUUAUCAUCAAAAAACUAAAUCCAAACCAAUCAUCGUAACGAAUGAAAAUGACGACAAAGAUGUAAUUGUUGAAUUAUCGAUUACAAAACCUUCAAAGACUUUUAUACCAUCAAAUUGCAUGCCAAAUGGUUCGGUCAAUGAUGAUGAUGAUGAUAGUGAUGUACAAAUCAUUGAAGAUCAUGAAGAUCAACCAUUAAAUUCUUCAUCUGAUAAACUAUUAUUGUAUACAUCGAUUAAAGAUAAUCCCGCCAACAUUGAGAAUGAUUUCAUCAAUAUUCGAUUUGAUGAUGGUGAUGAUGAUGAUCAUUGGAUUGAAUUAGAUUCCAAUGAUUCAUUGUGUCAUAGUACACCAUUGAUUCGAGUGGUGGAUAAAAAAUAUGAUAACAAACCGUCGACCAAUCGUAAAAUUCUAUCGAGAAGUAAUAAAAAAGCUUUGAUACAAUCACGAAAGUUGAAAACAUUGAUAAAUAAAAACAAAACAAAACGUGUCAAACCAAUUAGUAAAAAUUUAUUCGAAAACAAUGAUGAUGAAGAUGAUGAUGAUGGACAGAAUCGACCAACGAAAAUUCAACAAAAAGAUGUCAUCAAUUAUACGACCAUAAUGAUCGAUUCGUGUCUGUUUGAUCUAGCCAAACAGGAGAUUCAAACAUUAUUUCAUUCGAAAAGUAUUGGCUACGAGAUUCAAGAUAAAUGGAAAGAUUACUGUGUCACAUGGAAAUGUCAUCCUGAACUUGAAACAAUGAUUUUGGCUGCAAAUCGUAAUGGAAAUUCAUUAUUUAAAUGUAUGAAAAUAUCGAAUAAUUUUCUAUUCGAUCAUCUGGUUAUAUUAAUUCAAUGUGAUCAAUUACAUACGUUUCUGGAUUCAUAUUUAAUUUCACAAGAUGAACCAAAAACGAAUGAAUUAUUUGAUUUGAUUAAAAAACAAUGUCGAAAUUAUGAUAUCUACAACGUAAGCUUGAUUAUCUAUCAAAUGGAAAAACAUCUACGAUCACAGCAAAAAAUUCGGGACGAAUCAUUUAAACGGAGAAUCAAUGAUAUGAUUGUAGCCGAAAAUAUAGACAGUGAAAAACCGCCAGCUAAAAAUCGUCGAAAACAAAAUAAAAAACAAUGGCCAUAUAAACAUUCAAUGACAGCCGACAAUAUCGAUAUGUUAUUGAUUGAUUGUAAAUUUAAAUUCUUACAUCAUUUCAUUGAUGAUGAUCAAAAUCAAUCACGUUCGAAAUUAUCAUUCAUCAAUGUGGAUAGUGGACUGGAAUUGGCCAACAUAUUGUUUCGUUAUUCACGUUCAAUUGUCGAACAAAUUUUUCGUAUCGAUCGUCAAGGUCGUACGAAUAUGGAAUUUUUUGCUUUAUCCGAAAAAAAUCAGACAAUUGAUCCUUUGAAAGAUGGUGAAAGCAAACGUCAACUUUGGUUACAGCAAUUAUUACAAUUUCCCAAUAUUAGCCAUGAUGUUGCCGAAGCUAUUGUUAAUCGUUUUCAUAGUCCUUUGAUAUUAUUCAAUGAAUUGAUGUUCAAAUCAUCAUCAUCGAUUACCGCUAUCAAUAUGCUAUCCGAUAUACAAUCAAUGUCAAAUACAAACCGGCGAGUUGGCAAUGAAUUGGCAACAAAGAUUUAUCUGUUCAUGACUAGUAUUAAUCCAGAUCAAGUCUUGAAAACCGGAUAGCCAACAUUUUAUGUCCAUUUCAUUUAUUUAUAUUAAUUUUUAAAUUUCUUCGGAUCAACGCCAAAUAGUGUUUAGUAUUUCAAAAUUUAUUUUUUUUUCUAAUAAAACAAGUCAUACUUAAA